AUGCCUGUACGUCCAGGCACGACAAUUAGACCAUUCGCUCUGCGGUAUCACCCAGGUGCAGCUUCUAUAACCGUGGUUCCUGCGGGUCGCCAAUGGUUAAGUGAUGUGGUGGCCAGACGACGCAGAUUCGCGGAUAGAAAAGAGCGGCUGAGAGUUAGAUCAAAUGAAUGGCCGCUCAGCUCUUAUGCGAGGCGGUGUAACUGCGGUGGCGGGUUGGCCAAGGAAAAGAACGGAACGAAAAGGCGGCCAAGGAAUGAAGUGCACGCGUUGGACAAUCUAUGGUACAAAAGUCCAGGUCAGCACCGGAUAAGUGCAAACUGGCCCCCCAGUAACAGGUACAGAGGAUUCCCGGUGGUUCGGGAGGGUUGCCUCAAGUCGGCCGCACCCUCUCCAAGCAAGGAACACCUGAACAGCCGGGCCACGGGUAGGGGAAGUCCCAAAGAGGAUCACGUACAUUUGGUGUUUCGAGACUUGGCCUUUGUCGGACUGAGCGACUGCGGUGAUGAGAAUGACUACAAGGUGAUGGCAUCGACGUCGGAGCAAUGGCAAGAGCGCGUCUUAGCAGCAAAUGCUUCGACAAACAGACGGGCCAACGCAGUCGUCGGCGCAACAGCAGCAGCAGAGUGCAACUCUGACGGCGGAUGGGUGAAGAGAAAUCGAGUGGGUGAGACGAGCGCGGACGGGCGGAACGGACAGGGUGUAGACAAUCAGGCGAAGAAGCAGGUCCGUGGUGGAUUCAAUGGUGAUAUGAUGUGCGAACUGACAGGCGAGGUCGCGUGGGGUAACGGAGCGUCGAUGAUAUGCGUUUGCUCCAAGGCGGAAGAGGUUAAUGACGCAGGCCUUGUUGAGGUUCUCGGACGGGUUGCGGCAGUUAGUCUUCAAGACAAAAACUUAUGUCCGGUUGGCGGCGGCAAAAAGGAAGAAAAGACCAAUGGCGGCCGAUCAAGUCGACGAGAUUGGAAGAAGAAAAGAAGUGGUGUGCGUGAACUGGGUCUGUGUCUGUGUGUAUUGAAUUGGUUGGUCGGCGGACACACAGAUGUACGUAUCGUGACGGGAUCUGAUCUGUCGAGGGACAGUAGAACGGACGGGCCGCGUGCCUGGCUGGACAACCCGUAUGUGACAGCUACAAGCGACGACUUACAAGAACCAGUAUCGGUAGGGUUGACUCGACUGGUCUGCGGCAACAAGUCACAACCACACGGAAAGGUUGAUGGAGGUGGUCCCGAGAGAGGAAGUGAGGAGGGAUCCCCAGAGAUCAAAAACGAGUGGAAGCAGACUGCCAGAAGAGGGCCGGGCUGGGCUGGCAGAAUCGGUGCAAGAGAAAAGACUCCACCAUCCACCGGCACGGAACUUGACUUUUGGAGUGAGAGAGAGAGAAAGACCAGGGGUGAAAGUCGUCCGGAUAAUGCGCCGAAAGCGAGCGUGGUGGUGUUGCUAUCCGUCUUUAUCGGUACGAGUAUGCUAUGUAAAGAAGCGCAGUGCAGCAAGCACAAGCACACACCUUUGCCCAAGUUGGUCGAGAGUCAAGAGGCCGUUGAAAAGGUCUCGUCUCAGUCAGUACCAAUGUCCGGUGCUAUCGUUCCCCCUUGCGGCUUUCAAGCAAAGGCUGGCUGCCCCUGGCUCCAGACUGGGUUCAUUUUUGGGGACAACGAGAUCCCAAAGUGGCAGAUGGGUAAAGGAUUCAACGAGGCACGGCUCAUCUUGGGAGCUGUGGCUGACGCUAACACGACCGUUCCUGGUCCUUCCUGGUCGCCGCUGCCAUCCUGGCUGCAGAUGACAGGGUUGCUCGCUUCACACUUUGCCGUCUCAAACGCAGGCAAGGCAGGUGUUAGUCCAACGCUCCUGCUUCGAGUCUUUCCUUCUCCUCCCCUCUCUGCUGGCUUUGCUGCGUGCCUUCCCUGGUCUGCCCCGGCUGGAGGGGUCACUCUCCGGCCAACCCCUGCUCUCUGCAGUUUACAUCGCAGGCACGCACCUCAAGACCCUUUCAAUCCCUGCAAGAGCGGUCCAGAUGGCCCGAUCUGGGGGAAACCUCAACCCAGCCAAUUCGUACCUCCUCAGUCCCUCAGUCUCCAGGAUCUAGAAAACCUCAAGUGGUCUUCUAUGGCUAUUUUUAUCGCCCGACUCGGCAUCGCAACAAUAUCGUUCGAACCAUCCGUCACGGCGCAGCCCCCAAUUCAACCUCUUCCUCCAGUGUUCCUGCAAACUGCGGCAUGUUCGGCCUCGUUCGUCGUUUUUUCUGCACCUGUCAGAGUUGCCGUUGGUGUGCAUUCUUCCAAAAAAGCAAAGUCGAACCGACCUGCAACCGGAACAAGCCACUUGCACCUCGGUUGCUGGCUCCUUGAUGCUCAACUCCGGGGAACUAUUCCCAAAACGUACGCUACAGACACCCACCGCUUCCACUUUCAAGUUGCCAUUGUCGAAUUAUCGCGCUCCGUGUCUAGAUAUUCUGCCAAUGCCUACCUUCGUCCGGCUCGUCUUCAACAGCAUUCAAGGGACCAUCUCAACGCCAGCUUCAUCAACGCGGGCGACCACCGCCUCCUACUACCUACUACCGCCACCCCAUUCAGAGAGACGGGACGAAUUGAAACGUCACAGGAAAAUACUCCGAACAUGGCAUAUGGCCUGACUGCGGCCCUUGAAGGAUGGGCCUAUCGGCGACUCUCCGUUGAAAUGAUUCUCGACUUGCGUAACCAGAAUACCAUUCCUGUGUCUUUUGAAAAGGACUACGACACAAAAACGCUUGCCAUUGAUACGCUUGCCAUUGAUACGCCCGCGCAACCAGCGGAAGAAUGGAUAUUCAAUUACCUUUGCCCUGUGCUGUCGCCCUGCACCUUGGGACCCCAGGUUCCCGGCACGAGAACGCUGAUCAGCAUUACCUUAAAGGCAACUGAGCGGGGGUCUGCCUGCGGUGUGCAGCUUCAGAGUUCCUGCAAUUAUUCCGCCUGCAGGAACACCCUCUACGCGAUCUGUCGACCGCGUGCUGAAUUUUGCCCCGGUAUCUCUGUACCGAAAACGCCAUUCUGCGACCUGCUUGGUCUUGGCUUACCUGAUGGCCAUCGGACCGCUGCCACUGCAUGCGCAGAACUGCAGACCAAGGGGUUGAACAAACACAUCGGUCGCCUCCUCGACAAGAAAGGCACAGAGAACCACGCCAGGUUGGCACGCGGCGCGGCGUCUCCUUCCGAGUUGGUUCCCCCCGCCCGCAGAUGCAUUUUUUUCCUUUUACAGACUACAGCAGUGCAGACUGCAGGUCCAACGUCGAGUUCUAGACGCGUUUCAGCUGUCGCAUCCACGCUGCGGACAUGGAACAGGGCUCAGGGUCAGAUCUCUUUAUCCCUCACAAUGGCCUCAAUUGGCCCAGGUCAGUACGAAGUAUGGAUACAGAUACCAGCAAGAGAAUGCCCUAUUGCAUGCCCUAGAGUCAUGGACCCUUUUCGAUCCUCUGACAAGGAACGACGCCGCUUGCAAGAGAAGGGCAGUCAUUGGCACGCCUAUCUUUGGUGCAUUCGGCUCAAUCUUGUCGGUUUGUCAACACCUAUGGGUCUCUUGCGAGCAUGCGCUGAGGGUAUCGGCAAAGCACUGCCGCAUGAGAGAAACUUCAGGCACACGACGGCAUUGUCCAUACGCCUACCUCCCGCGCGGCUUGAGCUCAGGGUCUAUGCCUCCUCCCAUCUGCUACCGAGGCAGCCAUUUCUAGAUACCCGUCCUCGACUCCUCAUCCGCACGUGGAACUUUGGGACGAAACGAAACAAUGCGCCGCCAGUCACGCAGGUAGGCCAUUAUUUCCCACGGCGAAGAAAGAUUUUCGGCCUGCAUUACGGGCGAUACCCGCCAGAAGCGAUUUGCGUUCUUCCGAGGGCAAACCAUAUAAGCGCCAGUGCGAUGAUGGAGUUUGACUUUGAAUUCAACAACCCUUCAAUUCUGAGGGAGCCUCUAAUUGGCAGCUCGCUAGCUCCCGUGCCCAACUGUCAAAGUCAAACCGUCCGGCCCCACGGCGCCGACUAG